CGGUGUUUUCUCGGAUCUGCGAAAUCAGGAAAUGUUAUCAAACGAAGAUGCAUCGAAACAAGGAGCACCUCCAUCAUAUGAAGAGGCAACAUCUAACAACCCAUCUACUGGAGGACCUCAACCUCUACAGGGUUACACUCCAGUUCAGGGUGGGUUUAGUGGACCCCCUCCUGGAGUGCCACCUUACCCAGGGAAUUCUGAUGGAGUAGGAGGAUUCACCUAUCCACAGUAUCCUUCAUAUCCAGCCAACUAUCCUGCUAACCAGUAUCCUCCCCCUACAGGAUAUCCAGUCACCAACCCUUCAGGAGCUUACCCAGGUCAGACGUGUGGGGGGCAGUAUGGACAAUACAGACAAACACCACAGUGUGCUGUAGAUAUGGAUAGACGGAUAAGAAGAAGGAAGAUUAUCUUUAUGACCAUCUUCAUAUUUAUAAUGCUACUGGUGAUAUUUGCAGUGACUAGAUGGUUUCUAACCUAAGACCAAUUUAUGGCAGGAGCUCAAGACAAGAUGGAAAUAUAGUCAAAGGAAGUGUAAUAUGUAAAAGAUCUGAGUAGAAUGUUCUGUGAAGACAUGUUCUAAAAUCUAAUAUUUUGUAAUUCUAAUUUAACUAACUUAAAAUGGACUUUUCUGAAUUUUAUUGAUCUGAAUUUAAUUUAUAUUGGAUAGAAAUGAAAAUAUUUUAUUAUGUUUCUUGGAUAAAUAUGAUACAAGUUAAAAAUAGACUCAGUCUUGUUCAUCCUCGCAAGCCAGGGGUCCUGAGUCAACACGUUGGACCCCUGGCAUAUUUCAUUCAAUAUUCGUGGGCUUGCUUCUCUCAUUGAGAAGCACCAAUCAAAUUAAAGUUUUCAUAAAUAGUUAGAUAAGGAUUCAAUUGACACCUCAAAUGCACAUGUGACAAGUUGUUUAUCAUAGAAUGGCUUAAUGUGAUUGGUUGAGAGAUAAGAAAAACAAUCAAGAUUUGUAAUUUUUCCGAAAGAUGUCGCUACGGUCAGCCCACAAAUAUUGAAUGAAAUAUGCCAGGGGUCCAACAGCAACGUGUUGACUCAGGACCUCUGGCUUGUGAGGAUGAGUCUUGUUAGAUUGUUGAAUUCUGUAGCUUGACCAAACUGAACAGUUAACUCAGUCCUAUAGUGUUGCAUGUAUUUGAAAGUCAUUUUUGAAAGUCAUUUGUUAGGUCUGCAUUACAUCAGUCUUUCAUAGCUUUAUUAUAUUAUGCAGAGCAAGCAUUACAAUACAUGGGCUUAAUUUACCAAUGAAUUCAAAAAUAUUUCAAACACUGAAUAUAGUCUACAUUGUAAGACAUUGAUAGCAACAACAAAAAAUCAAGUAUUGUUGGUGGAAACACAUGCAUGUACGGUAAUAAUGUGCCUCUUCCUAUCUAUCCUUCAUGAUUUUCUCACAGAGAUUUGGGUAUAAUUGGUGUAUGUUAUUGUCAUUAUAUGUUAUUUCAUAUUACAAAGUAAAGUGUUUCUUAAAAAUAUGCAACAAAUGGCCUAUUUCAUGUGAUUCAACUUCAAACAUGUCCAUUAUCCCCCCUUUCCCCUUUAUGUUUUUCUUGUUUUAGAUUGUAAAUUAUUUUCACAAAAGUGAUUUUAUUUUAAUUUUGAAUAUUUUUAUAUCUAUAAUGUACACAAAUGGGCAAUUGUAUUUACACUAUAUUUAAGUUUUUGCUUUAUAAAUAUGUAUAUAUAUUUGAUUGGAUUGUGAAACAAACAGACUAUGUUUAUAAACUGUAAUGUCCUUCUGUCAAACACUUUACACUUUUUCUGCUGUGGAUGACCAGUUAUGAUUAGAAUCUAAUUUUAUAAUUAUCUGUGCAUUCAUCAGAUAAAACUUGACCCUGACCUUUGGCCUCUAUUUAUUGCUUCACUUUUUUAGUCAAUUUUUCUUUGGCAACUGUAAUUGAAUUUUAUAACAUUUUCUUUUUUUUUCAAAAUAACAUGGAUCAGUUAAGUACUAUAUUAUAAAUCACAGCACAAGUCAAUGCUUAUAAAAGAGAGAAAUAGAUGAACUCUGGGUUUGAUUAUUUUAAAACUGGAAGAUUUAAACAAAAAUAAGAUGAAUUACUAUAUGUAUAUAUAACUUUAAAGAACAUAUAGUCAAACAUUUUUAUCUCGAACCAAGUGUGGGUAGGGAAAAACUUCAAAAUUUCCAAGAAUGCUAUUUGAAAUAUUGAUGUUUUAGACACCAAUGUUCUUCUGUAUUACAUGUAUAUAUAAUAUCAGCCAUUUUGAAUAAUUAUACAAUAAAACUUUUCUAAUCUGGAUGUGAGUAUUCCAAAAUCUUGCCAAAUAUGAUGUAUACUUAGUCCCCUUCAGUAAAUUCAGUUGUUUGAAAUAUUGUCCAAUCUGGAAUGUUGUCAAAUCUGGCCAAUUUCUAUGGAAUCAGUGAUGUCUGUAUUAGACAAGUUUUA